AUGGCGCCCCAGCUCAUAUCCGUCAUCGGUUGUCUCCAUGUCGACUGUAUAAUGAUGACAGACCGCAUACCUGAUCGUGGUGAAAGUUACAAAGCGAGACAGUAUCAUGAGGGAUUAGGGGGAAAGGGAGCCAACGCGGCAAUUGCCAGCUAUCGAAGUUGUCAUGCUCAGCCCCCCGAGGGAAGGCUAGCCUCACUCGACGACAGAAUCGAUUCCUCUAAUGAGGAUGAGAUCGAGGUUUGUAUGAUUGGCGCCGUGGGCAAUGACAAGUAUGCCCAACUGUUCGAAGAUGCGUUACAAGAAAACGGUAUCGAUGUGUCCGGCCUUCAGAAAGUGGACGGUAUGACGGGAAAAAGCUUUGUCCAGGUGGAAAUCGCCAGCGGAGAAAAUCGCUGCACCUUUGCGAACAACGCAAAUGAUGCAUUGACCGCUGAAUAUUUCACCAAGCUCGAAAGCCUCGCCAACGGAAGGCAGCCGGAUCUGGUCAUUGCACAGAUGGAAAUUGAUCGAGCAGUGGUCGAGCAGAUCAUUGCCACCGCCGGCGAGGCGGGCAUCGAGGUCCUGAUCAACGCCGCUCCGGCGAAUCACAUAUUAAGCAGGUACUACCGCCAUAUCACGCACCUGUUGGUCAACGAGACCGAAGCGGCCACCAUGUCUGGCCGAGAGAUCGAAGAGGUAAAUGAGGAGACGUGGCAGGAGAUUGCUGAGGAUUUCCUUGAGAAAGGGGUGAAGAACGUGGUGCUCACUUUGGGAGCUCAAGGAGCCUUCUAUGGCACAGCCGACGAGUUUGGCCAUGUCCCGGCUUUCGAUGUCAAUGUGGUGGAUUGUACGGGGGCAGGGCGAGUCUCGAUGGACACAUUCACGGGCGCCUACGCCACAGAUUAUUUGCGACAGAAGCAGAGGGGACAAUGGGACAUCAGAGAGGCAGUCGUUCGUGCUUGUAAAGCCGCAGCAUUGACCAUCACACGCAUCGGCGCCCAGGAAGGGAUCCCUUGGAUGGAUGCGAUUGACGAUUUCCAAGAGAACGAAUCGCCUCAAGUAGCCGUUGAAGCUGCUUCCCCGUCUGCUACGGAUGCUUCAGAAGAACUGUAA